UAAUUUUCACAUUCCAGCCAUAUAGGUCCCUUUUCCCAUGCCCCCUCAUAUAUAUAUAUACCAGUGCAAUAUACAGUAUAUUAUUACUUACACAGGUAUAUACAGGUUGGCCUCCGGGAAAGAACUGAGGGUAGAACUCAGAUACAAGUACCUCCGGCCACCAUACUACGAUCGGUAGACGUUCACUUUCAGGUCAGAGGUGUAGGAAUGGAGUGUGUUGAUCCACUCAACCCUCGUCCACAGCUACUUGCCAGAGACAACCAGUUCUGCACUACCACCAACAACAUCAGCUGCUACUACUUUGGAAAUGACACCACAGCUGUUGAAAGAUCACCAGAUCAGAGAGACGACGAAGGGUCUGGUGGAGAAGUGGUGUUAGACGGAAGUCUGUGCUUCCAGAUACAGUUUGGCCCGACUGAUCACUGCAUAGCUUGGACUGAAGGGAGAGCCAGAGAAGUAGAGAUGGAGCUGCAGACUGCUAUGGCCAACUACAUCAAGUCAGAGUGUCCCCUCCUGCGACGAACUAAUCUUCCAGGGGCAGGGAGGAGGAGGAGGGGUGUUUGUCUGUCGUGA